AUGGAAAUGAUUCUCAGGCGCUUUCUUGCGAUCACAUUCACAACCCUUUUCUUCUUUUUAGCUUCUUCUUCUUCCUCCAAAGUUGAGAGUCAUCAGAAAGGUGAUAAGCUUGGUGUGAGUUACGAUGGAAGGUCCUUGAUCAUAAAUGGGAAAAGAGAUAUUCUCCUUUCAGGAUCAAUACAUUACACUCGAAGUCAUCCUGAUAUGUGGUCUGACAUCCUCCAGAAAGCCAGAAGUGGAGGUCUCAACGUAAUUCAGACUUAUGUUUUUUGGAAUGUCCAUGAACCAGUGCAAGGCCAUUACCAUUUUCAAGGGCAAUAUGACUUGGUGAAGUUCAUCAAGAUGAUUGGCAAGCAUGGUAUGUAUGCAACUCUCAGGGUUGGACCAUUCAUCGAGGCUGAAUGGAAUCAUGGAGGAUUCCCAUAUUGGUUGAGAGAGAUCCGAAACAUCACAUUCCGUACUGAUAACCCACCAUUUAAGUACUACAUGAAAAAAUUUGUUCAGAUGAUUAUCCAUAAGAUGAAAGAAAAUAAUUUAUUUGCAUCACAAGGAGGACCCAUCAUCUUGUCCCAGAUUGAAAACGAGUACAAUACUGUAGAACCGGCAUUUAAAGAAUCAGGAACUAGAUAUGUUCACUGGGCAGGAACCAUGGCCGUGGAUCAAAAAACAGGAGUCCCAUGGAUUAUGUGCAAGCAAAGGGAUGCCCCUGAUCCAGUGAUCAAUACCUGCAAUGGAAGGAACUGUGGCGAUACUUUCACAGGUCCCAAUAGACCAAACAAGCCUUCUCUAUGGACUGAGAACUGGACUGCUCAGUAUAGAGUAUUUGGAGACCCACCAUCUCAAAGAGCUGCAGAAGAUCUUGCACGCUCAGUUGCUCGCUGGUUCUCAAAGAAUGGAACCCUAGCCAAUUAUUACAUGUACCAUGGUGGAACAAACUUUGGCAGAUCGACCUCUCCUUUUGUAACAACUCGAUACUAUGAUGAAGCCCCUCUUGAUGAAUAUGGUUUGCUGAGGGAACCCAAGUGGGGCCAUCUCAAGGACUUGCAUGGUGCUCUAAGAUUGUGCAAGAAGGCUCUGCUUUGGGGUGUUCCUAGUACUCUAGAUUUGGGUAAGGAUCUAGAGGCUCGCAUCUAUGAGAAACCUAGCAAAGGCAUUUGUGCGGCUUUCUUGGCCAACAACAACACUAGAAUGCAGCGCAUUGUCAAGUUCAGGGGUAAGGAAUAUUACCUACCUGAACACUCCAUUAGCAUCCUUCCCGAUUGCAACACCGUGGUCUAUAAUACCAUGACUAUUGUAUCACAACAUAAUGUGAGGAACUAUGUGAGAUCAGAAGUUGCAAACAAGAAGCUUAAAUGGGAGAUGUACAAAGAAGUUGUUCCAAGCAAACUUAAAGAAACAUCCAAGAAUCCAUUGGAACUCUAUGGUUUGACUCAAGAUAGAACUGACUAUGGUUGGUACACCACAAUCAUAGAAUUUAAUGAGCAUGACUUACCAAAGCGAAAAGAUAUUCGUCCAGUCUUACGAGUUGCAAGUCUUGGCCAUGCAAUGCUUGCUUUUAUCAAUGGUGAAUUUGCAGGAUCUGCACAUGGAAGCAAUGUAGAGAAGAGCUUUAUCCUUCAGAAGCCAGUGAACUUGAAGCCUGGGAAUAACACCAUCGCUCUUUUGGGUUCUCUAAUGGGACUUCCAGAUAGUGGAGCCUAUAUGGAGCACAGGUAUGCAGGACCUCGUGGAGUUUCCAUCCUAGGAUUGAACACAGGAACACUUGAUUUGACAUUCAAUGGAUGGGGCCAUCAGGUUGGCUUAGCUGGAGAGAAGAAUAAAGUCUACACUGAGGAAGGAUCAAAGAAGGUAAAAUGGACAAAAGUAGAUAAAGAAGGACCUGCUUUAACAUGGUACAAGGCAUACUUUGAUGCUCCUGAAGGAGACGAUCCUGUUGCUGUUACCAUGACUGGUAUGGGAAAAGGCAUGCUUUGGAUCAAUGGCAAUAACAUUGGACGCUACUGGAUGUCUUACCUCUCCCCUCUUGGAAAGCCUUCCCAAUCCGAGUACCACAUCCCAAGAGCAUACCUGAGAUCAAGUAAUAAUCUAAUGGUUAUACUGGAAGAGGAAAGAGCAAACCCUGAAAAAAUCCAGAUCCUUACUGUUAAUAGAGAUACGAUAUGUAGUCAUAUAGCAGAGAAUGAACCUGCCUCUGUGAGGUCCUGGAGAAGGAAAAAUGGCAACAUCUUACCUGUAGUGGAUAAUGUGCAACCAGCAGCUCAGUUAAUGUGUCCUAAUCACAAAAAGAUUAUUGCGGUGGAUUUUGCAAGUUUUGGCAAUCCUGAGGGUGUUUGUGGAGGAUAUGUUCUUGGAAAAUGCAGUUCUUCUAAUUCAAAGAAGGUUGUUGAACAGCAUUGCUUGGGAAAGACCAGAUGUAGUGUUCCCAUUGACAAAAAACUUUUUGGCACGAAGCAAGGUGAUGAGUGUGAAGAUAUCAGACAAGCAUUAGCAGUUCAAGUAAAGUGCGGCAAGCAUUAGAGAUUAAAAGAUAGGUCUGAUGUUUUUGUAGGUUGAAUUGUAGAAAGACCAAGUAGACGUAUAGAACUUGAACUUCACUAGAGUAGAUGUUUAAAAUUUUUUGUUGCUUUGAGCUUUCUUUCCAUUGUUGGAAUUUACUUUUGGUACAGAAGAAAAUAACAGAAGUAAAACUCAUAUUUGCUUUAUGAG